CUCAGCUCUUUGGAGCGCGCCGGGUCCCGGAGCCGGCGGCCUGAGGGAUGGACGAGACGAGCCCACUGGUGUCCCCCGAGCGGGCCCACCCCCCGGACUAUACGUUCCCGUCGGGCUCCGGCGCUCACUUGCCGCAGGUGCCGGGAGGCGCGGUCCGAAUCGCGGCGGCGUCCGGUUCGGCCCCCUCUCCGCCCGGCUCGCCUGGCCACGACCGGGAGCGGCAGCCUCUGCUGGAUCGGGCCCGCGGCGCUGCGGCCCAGUCCCAGACCCAAACCGUGGCGGCGCAGGCCCAAGCCCUGGCCGCCCAGGCCGCGGUGGCGGCCCACGCCACGCAUGCCCACCGCGAGCGGAACGAGUUUCCGGAGGAUCCCGAGUUCGAGGCGGUAGUGCGACAGGCCGAGGUGGCUAUCGAGCGCUGCAUUUUCCCCGAGCGCAUCUACCAGGGCUCCAGCGGAAGCUACUUCGUCAAGGACCCUCAGGGGAAGAUCAUUGCUGUCUUUAAGCCCAAGAAUGAAGAGCCAUAUGGGCAUCUUAAUCCUAAGUGGACCAAGUGGCUGCAGAAGCUGUGCUGUCCCUGCUGCUUUGGCCGCGACUGCCUUGUCCUCAACCAGGGCUAUCUCUCAGAGGCAGGGGCCAGCCUGGUGGACCAAAAACUGGAACUGAACAUUGUGCCCCGUACAAAGGUAGUAUACCUGGCCAGUGAGACCUUCAACUAUAGUGCCAUUGACCGAGUGAAGUCCCGGGGCAAGCGUCUUGCGCUAGAGAAAGUGCCAAAAGUUGGGCAGUGCUUUAACCGCAUUGGGCUACCUCCAAAGGUUGGUUCAUUCCAACUCUUUGUUGAAGGCUACAAAGAUGCAGAUUACUGGCUGCGACGUUUUGAAGCAGAACCACUCCCUGAGAACACUAAUCGGCAACUACUGCUGCAGUUUGAGCGGUUGGUGGUCCUAGAUUAUAUCAUCCGCAAUACUGAUCGGGGCAAUGAUAACUGGCUGAUUAAAUAUGACUGUCCAAUGGAUAGUUCUAGCUCUCGGGACACAGACUGGGUGGUAGUGAAGGAACCUGUUAUUAAGGUGGCUGCCAUAGACAAUGGGUUGGCUUUCCCACUGAAGCAUCCUGACUCUUGGAGGGCAUAUCCUUUUUACUGGGCCUGGUUGCCCCAAGCAAAAGUUCCAUUCUCUCAAGAAAUCAAAGAUCUGAUUCUUCCAAAGAUAUCAGACCCCAACUUUGUCAAGGACUUGGAAGAGGACCUGUAUGAACUUUUCAAGAAAGAUCCUGGUUUUGACAGGGGCCAGUUCCAUAAGCAGAUUGCUGUCAUGCGGGGACAGAUUCUAAAUCUGACCCAGGCCCUGAAAGACAACAAGAGUCCCCUGCACCUCGUCCAGAUGCCACCUGUGAUUGUCGAGACGGCCCGUUCCCACCAGCGGUCUUCUAGCGAGUCCUACACACAGAGCUUUCAGAGUCGGAAACCCUUCUUUUCGUGGUGGUAGCCUGAGAGGCAGGCAAAGGAGAUAUUGUCUGAGACUCGGGCAGGAAGAGGAAGCCUGGGGAGAGGGUUGCCGGAAAAGCCAGAGAAGCCAGUAGAGAGCAGCACCCUAACGAGCCCUCCCUCUCUGCUCGCCAUCCCUCUCAGGGCUUCCCAAAGCACAGGGAGAAGCACAAUCACAGGGACAGAGGGUGCUUCUGGGCCUUUCUGAGUGCUGGGGCUCCAUACAAGAAGGAGCAUCUCUCUUCCAGUGUUUUUUGAUGGCAGGCUGGGAAAUCCCCUUCUCUCCCUGCCACCCUGCUCUGUUGCAAUUCCUCAUUACUGGUUAUGUUCUGCAUCAGAAAACAAAACAAAUUUAAAUGCUAGCAGUAAAAGCCAGGCAGAGCCCCAGAUCUUUUCACUUCAAAACCUCUUGUCCAGGUUUAAAUUUAUAUGGACCCAGACUUUUGGGUGCCUUACAGCUUCUUACUCCUGUGAACCAAGGCUGUGUCAUAGGGCAAGUGGGUGAUACACAGGGUUGGGACAGACACAGAAGCCACAACUUUCUUUUAGGUUUUUGCCAAGUUUUCUUUUCCUCCUCCCACUAGUGCCACAGGUUGGCUGAAAGCCUCCAGACACAGUUCUCAUUACAGGGAUACUUUUUGCUGUAGACUUCCAGUAGUUCUGCAUAUGGUCAUAUGAACCCCCCUGCUUUCUGCCCCUAGUAGGGACCCAACUCUCUUCCCCAGGCCUGCAGCCUGGCUAUCACUCAAUAAAGGCAGGAAGGACUAGUCUAGUCAUUUAUAUCUUAACAGGAAGUUGACUCCCUAGUAUACAAAAGGGAUCCACAUGGCCUAAGUGUAUGCCAGGAGCUGUACUUGGUUUAUGGUUUAAUUUACCCUAGCCUUGCUCUCUGAGCCCUUGGCCCUAGCCAAAGGUGAUAAAUUCUCCAAAUCCUCUAAUUUGACCUCUGAUUUGUUUCUGUUCAUUUAAAUUUUGUUUUCCCCAACUGUUUUAACUUAGGACUUCAGUCAUUGCCCCACAUCGGUGAGGGUUCUGGGGUGGGUUUCUGCUCAUAAGAGGACAGAAUAUUAGGUUCUUGGACCUUACUUUAUGGUACCACUGCUGCUUGAUGGAGGUGCUGGGAUUUGUAUUCUGACUCCUAAUCGACAGCUUCCCAUUGUUCCCUGGCGUCUUUCCAUGGGCCGGUUUGUCCAUGGCUUCUUGAGAGGGGCAGGGCCCAAAGAAAAGAGGCCUUCAAACUGUCCCCCAGAGCCUGCUCAGCCUAAUGCGCUUCUUCUUGCUUCCAUGUAUCUUUUCCCCUAGCUGUCUCCCUUGCCAGGUGUCCAAGCCUUGUCUACACCAAAGCAAAGAGCAGCUUCAGGAGGGAGUAAAAAGGAUGCCAUCUAUGGCUAAGGGGCCACUGGGUUCAUGCCCUAUGUUACUGACACUUGAUGGUUCUGACACCCUGUGAUUGGUCAGUCAGCCUUGGAAAGAAACUGUCAUAUUGGUUUGAAAAACAACCAAAGAAAGGGAGUAAGGACUAUGGCUCUGUGCCCUCUGCUUGCCCAGCUCCCAAAUCAUGGAAGCAGAGCAGAGAUUUGCAAUCCUCUUGUCAGCUGGGACAGUUUGGUCCCCUUCCAUUGCAGCCCCCAGGAGACAGCUUGCCCUGAGCUUCCACUCAGCUGACAGGAAUAUUCCAUAAGAGCUGGAUAUGCAUGCCCUGUGGAGGAAGGCACAGCUGCCCUGCUUGCCUGGCCCUGACAAUCCCAUCCAGACCACCUGGACUGUAGCCUUGAGAGCCAUGUUUGAGAGAAUACCUGCCCCCAGAUUGCAGGAGCAGCAGGGCUCCCAGAGGCCCAAGGGGACCCUGGUGUGUGUGAAGAUCCCCACAGACAUCUUAACACAAAAAUGUAGGUGAAGCUUCCCACCUGGGAACUUAGAGCCUGAAGAGUCUAAAGAGGAGCCUGGUUGCUUCUCCCUGCCAAGCCAAAUCUGCACAUUGUUCUGAUCCAGACCAGCUCUGUGAUCAGAAGGAAACUGGGUCCAAUGUGAGAGGGAGCUGGAACCUGUCCCUGGCAGGCUCAGAGUGCAGGGCAUCCUUUCCUGGCCUGUCUCCAUUCUCCAUUGGAGCCUGUUCUCAGGUUGCCUUGAAUAUGGACUUUGGGAGAGCCAGGGGCCCAGAGUGCCAGGACAGGCUUCUGGGUGGCACUCACAGACUGGCCCGUCCCUCUGCCAGCCAUAGGCCCUGUUGCUUAAUGUCAGGGAGUGGAGGCUGGGCUGAGAGUGCUGCUGCCCCUGUAUUGUUCUUCUAAGGUACUGUAGAAAUUGUAUGUAAUGUAUUUAAAUCAUUGCAAAUAUAUGAAUAACAAAUCCAA